AAAAGAAGCAAAACGCGAUCCCUCACAAACGCGGACGGGUUUUGAGCUCUCCUCAGACUGGUUCGGAAGUGUCAAUAGGACGGCAGGGACGGCAGGCGACGGUUUCCGAUCCGGGGGAGAUAAAAAAAAAAACACCACCGCCUCUUGCUGCGGUGCAUGUGAAGCAGCUGGCUACAUAAACAGAUACGUCCGUGUGUGAGUGUGUGACCUCUAAAGAAUGGUGAAAUAGUGCAAAAAAGUGAAUAGUUUGUGAAGCGCUGCAUUUCUUUUUUCAACACCUGCCACCACAUUUCACAGGUGCAAGCUGCAUCAGCGUUUAAAGUGCAUCGAUUACGCUGUUUGCAAACUUAUCGGACGUAUGGGUCAGCCGCUGAAUCUGCAUCCCUUGACCGCUGCGUCGCCUAGCAACCAUCGUCGAUAGGAAAACGAGAAAACUGAUGCGUUGUAGUGAUUGUGGCUGUGUGAUCUAGUUUUCCGUUUGUUUGUUUUUGUUUUCUUUGGUUGGUUUUGAUUUUCAUUUUCCCGGUUCCCGGUUGGGGUUGCGUCGUUAUGUGUGAAAGUGAACGUCGGAUUUAAUUAAGAGCACGGGCUUAUUGGAGUUUGUUUUCCGGUUUUUGUUUUUCACCCGUCGUGGGGAAAUUUCGUUUUCUUGUACUUUCAUUUCGGUGGCGGAGAGAGCAGAUCGCAAAUUCUUCUUAAUCUUGCCGUGCUCCCAAAACAAACAACUUCCGUGAUCUUCGACAAACCCAACACAGCUGCUGCAGUGUGCAGGUCAGUCAGUACAGCGAAUACACAGCCCAAAACCGUCUGCUCUUCGUAUGUUGGCGAUGUCUUCCAAACAUGAGCUGAAGAAACUCUCGGAGGAAAGCUUAACGCGACAGCCGGAUGAGGUGUUCGACAUUAUUUGCAAGCUCGGCGAAGGUAGCUAUGGCUCGGUGUACAAAGCGCUGCACAAGGAGAGCGAGCAGGUGCUCGCGAUCAAGCAGGUCCCGGUCGAUACCGACCUGCAGGAGAUCAUCAAGGAGAUCUCGAUCAUGCAGCAGUGUGACUCACCGUACGUCGUCAAAUACUACGGAAGCUACUUCAAAAACACCGAUCUGUGGAUCGUGAUGGAGUACUGCGGGGCGGGCAGUGUGUCCGACAUAAUGCGCCUACGGAAGAAAACCCUUUCCGAGGACGAAAUAGCGACCAUCCUGAUCGACACACUGAAGGGGCUGGAGUACCUGCACCUGCGCCGCAAGAUUCAUCGCGACAUUAAGGCGGGCAACAUUCUGCUCAACUCGGAAGGGCACGCAAAGCUGGCGGAUUUUGGUGUGGCCGGCCAGCUGACGGAUACGAUGGCGAAGCGCAACACGGUGAUCGGUACCCCGUUCUGGAUGGCACCGGAGGUGAUCGAGGAGAUCGGGUACGACUGUGUGGCGGACAUAUGGUCGCUUGGCAUUACGGCGCUCGAGAUGGCGGAAGGAAAGCCACCGUACGGUGACAUCCAUCCGAUGCGGGCGAUCUUUAUGAUUCCGACGAAGCCACCGCCGUCGUUCCGCCAUCCGGACAUUUGGUCGCCGGAGUUUAUCGAUUUCGUGAGCCUUUGCUUGGUGAAGAAUCCGGAGGAGCGAGCAACGGCCACCGAUCUGUUGGCCCAUGAAUUUAUUCGUAAUGCCAAACCGUGCAGCAUACUCAGCCAAAUGAUAGCGGAAGCGAAGGAAAUACGGGAAAACCAAAGCUACAGGCAUGCGGCCGCCAUUAGCCAAGCUAACAAGCAGCUGCAGAGCAACAGUAAUAAUGCCGCGAACGGGCACGACGGUGGCGAUUCGGACGAUGAGGAUCAGGUAAACUCGAGGACGAUGAAGGAAUUUCCGGCCGACUGUGGAACGCUGGUGCCGGGCCGGGAGGAUGAAGGCGACGGGACGAUGAUUGCCCACGCGGAUUAUGGUACGCUGGUGCCAGACAAUGGGACGAUGGUGGAGCUGCAAUCGAAUCUGGGCACGAUGGUGAUUAACUCGGACUCGGAAGAAUCCACUAUGAAAAGACACGAUACGAAUCCGGACAAGCCGAAGUAUAGGCCACUGUUUCUUGACCACUUCGACAAGAAGGAAGCAGAAGCAGCCAGCUUCGGUAACAGUAAGGUUGCGGAGGUUAACAAUCAUCACCAUCACCACCAGCUACAAUCGCCACCGUCGGCAAUGAGCUCGUUUGACGAUGGUUCUCCCGCGGUGGAUCUGCAAAGUGAACUUUCACCGGCCUUUAGUCCUCAAACGACUCCGGUCGCCUCGCCACAACAGCCACACCUUCCACAGCCUUUAGCAACAUCACCUCAGCAACCGCAGCCGCAGGUGCAGAAGCUCGUCAGCAAUCUGGUCUCAUCGCCGUCUACUCCCCCGGCGGCACCGGCACCGGCGGCAGCACAAGCCUUUCCAGCCACGCACAGUCCCAUCUCCCCGUCGGCACCACCUAUGACGCAAAGUUUCCAAGACCACCAGCAACAUCAACAUCAGGCACUGCAGCAGCAGCAGCAGCAGCAGCAGCAGCAGCAGCAGCAGCAACAGUUCAACGAAGAGCGACAACGGUAUCAAUCGCAUCUGCAGCUGCAACUGAAUCAAAUAUCCGCCGUUAGCCCCAAUAUGCAUCAGAUGCAGUUUUUGCAACCCACCGCGGCUGAGUACGAUUCGCUUAAGUUUAUGAACUACGAACAGUUGGAGCAGCGAUUAGCCAGCUUAGACAAGGAGAUGGAAAAGGAGCUGGCGGAAACGAAGAAGCGGUACACCUCCAAACGCCAACCGAUCCUGGACGCGAUCGAGGCCAAGCAGCAGAAGCGCCAGCAGAAGCUGGAAGAGUUCUGAGUAACGUCCAGCGCAGUACAGCCGGACGUUUCAUUGGUUAUAGUGGUAAAUUAGUGGAUAGCGCGAUAUUUAAUAGGCAUAAUUACGAUCGAGCGCGUAGGCUGCCGCCAUUUAGUUGCAAAUUCCUAUUACUUUUGUAAAACAUAUCCACCCGGGAACAUUCAACGACGGCGCUGUACCCUGCCACAGAUCAGGGCGGGAAAAUGUCGCUAGCUAAAUUCGCGUCCGCCUUAAGUAUUUUGGGAUGCUUCUGGCGACCCACUCCUAGAGGUAUUUCCCAUAGCUUCAUUUUUUGCUGAUAUUAGCCGUACCGAGCAAUUCUUGUAGCAAUUGGUGUGAUCGGAUGGUGGUGUGCAUCUGGAACAGAUCUGAUAUUUUACCCUAACUUUAACCCCAUCGUAGCGCGAUCAUUCAUCUGCACCCACGUUUUAAUUCUGUGCUUGGGGAGCCUCCGGUUUUACGUUUUGCUGUAUCGUUUCUAGCCCCUCAUGGUGUCAUGAUCGUCCGUCCCUGGAAGCCAAGUGCAUUACAAUGUCGCCCCUGCCACAUUCUGUUCUGUUGAGGUUUAGCAUGCUGGUUAAUUAAAAAAAAAGAUAACUUUGCUUGAUGAUUAACCUGCCACCGAAUUGCUGAUCGGGUGGUCGGUUUUUCCCAAUUCAAAUAAUUUAUUGACAACUCGUUAAUCGUUAUCGCAUGCGGAUCGAGUGGGACACACGAUAGUGCGCAGUGGUAGUGUAUGAUUCUAACUGAAAAGUGAAGAAAAUUACCUUAAAAAGAUGCAGACCUCAAAACUAACCGAGAAGAUUGAAAGCAAAACACAAUAAUCCUACAAUACCCUGUGCUUAGCCAAGGGUUAAGAAAUUAUACAUAUAUAUAUCCAGCUCCAGAGCGCGUGAUUGACGAUUAUAUACAGAGCAACAAACCUCACAUACACUGAACGCAAUGCAAUUUAUGGACUCAUCGAUCAGACACAUUUUAUAAGCUAAAAUUAAGCCACUAUACUCUCUCUCUCUUGGUAUGAUAAUUAAUAAUGAGAUUUGGUAGACCUCCCGGAGGAAAUCGCGAUAAGGUAUUUGAAGAACCCCGGGAAAAAGUCAGGACAACAGCAUACCUUGUUACAUAGAAAAUAAAAACAAAAACGGAAUAACGAAAGUGCUAAAAGUGAGAGAGAGACCCAAAGGUGGUAGGUGAUGAGGGAGAAACAUAGCAAUGAACGAAAGUGCUACAUUUUAUUCUUGAAACAUAUACAAGUUUAUUGAGAAAUAGUAUCUAUAUCUACCGCUGCUAGAGAUAUGACAAAUAGGUCGAUAACAAGAGAAAGGGGCGCAUCAGAGAAUGAUUGAUUAAAAGAAUGAAUGAAACGCGAUAAUAAGCUACCCCCGGGAUACAGGAAUAAUGCGAUUAAAAAUUGUAAAGUAGUACGACGAUGCACCGAAUUACUGGACAAAAGCCACAACGGCUCGGAAGAACAAAAAUCACACCCAUAAACACACUCACAGGAGAUAAAUAAAGUUGAACUUUAAGGUUGCCAUGCAUUUAUA